AUGUCCGAACCUCGCCAGACCGCUAUGUCUCCUUCUCCCGAAGCAAAGCUCGAUCCCAACCCCGGCACCGAGUCUGAUCAGGCCGGACAGGCCCCAGCCCCGCCCGGUCCGUCGCUUGGCCCCGAAGCCUCCGUGUCCAAGCCCGAAGAAAAGGAGGAGUCCAGACUCUCCAAGGUCCGCCGAGAUGCAGAAGAAAAUUACAAUGCGCUUACCGGCCUUUUUCUCAUCUCUCAGGCCAUACUGGCAAGGCCAAACCGCGAGCAUCUUCCUCGCGAGCUCAUCAACGCUAUGCGCGACGACCACCUGCUACAGAUCAAAUACAGAGAAGUUUGGCUCAAGUCAAUUGAACUGCAGAGGAGGAACGAAGAGUUCGACAAGGACCUGGCAAAACUCGGGGAAAGGCGUGUCGAGUUGAUUAAAGACAUGCGAGAACUUAAAAAGAAGAAGCAGGCUCUGAACAUCGAGUCAGAUGGGAUUAGGGAUAGGUUUGCGGCGUUAGGAACGGUGGGUAAUGUGAAUUUCAGCGAAAGGUUUCGGAGAUAG